UGUGAGUGUGGUGGGGUGCCCGACAUAGGUAGUGAUGAGGGCUCUAGUCCGUCACUCUGCAGUCUUGCGAGAUUCACGUGGUUUGGUGUUACAAGUAACGAGUUAGAGCGCCGAGCUCUUCAUCAUAGCGACCGCGAGCUUUGUCGUCAAGAUUUGCUUCAGUGGUCGAGCUUUGCGUUAUUGAUGGCUUCCUUCAUUCUACUUCACGCUUUGCAGGCGUCAAGUGAAGUGUGUUGUAUUUUAGUGAACGUCUUUGUAUGAUGGUAUUGUACCUCAGUGAUCGAGUGCUAUAUUACUCUAUUAUUCGAUUACUCGGGAAUGCGUGCUUGAGCUUGUAUCAGAAACAUAUUUAUCCAAUAGAGAGGAGAGAACUUAUCAAGAACGAGUGAUGCGUUAUGUUACUCAAUAAUGUGAUCGUGCAAUCAACAAUAUUAUCAAAAUAGUCAUGUAAGAUGUGAACCCAACGAUAAAAAUUGCCAUGGAAUCCCGCAUGCUGGAAACAUCGCGUUUUGUGCAGAAAAUGGACAUCCUGGAGCAGGCGCGCCUGAGUCUGCAGGCGGUAAAUCAUCUGUCGGCGAGCGCUCGAUUUUUACCGACAUUGCCGGUGCCGGAGCGACCGUCGAGCGGUCCCUUGUUCCAGCAGAAUCGGGACCGGGAGAUCGAGCUCAUGACUACCGAUUCCUCAAACAGCGAAAGCCCCAAGUUUUUGAGCGGAUCUGCACCUUCCAUAGGGGGCUCUCAUCAUCACUCGUCGAUGAGGAUCGACUCGCCAGAGGCUCGGUCCCCACGCUCAUGCAAUUCCCCACUAGUGGGGCCCAAUACCCCAUCCAAUGAGGUGUCGUGUAUGUCUGUUGACGACGGUGCCGAUGCGGACAACGACGACGACGAUGAUGAUGAUGAUAUUUCAGUGGGUUCCCCACCCUCCCCACCGGCGCAUUCCUCAUCCAUAGGAAUGCCAUCGUCAUGUUCACCUCCACCAUCAGCCCCAGUGCUUCCUUCCCCAGUUCCUUCCCCAUCCUCUCUUUUGGCUCCUUCCAUGAUGCCUUCGACUUCCAUUAUUUCCUCCAUGGCGUCACCGCUUCCUUCUUAUGCCUCGCACCAGAUAAGCAACAUCCUCAGCAACCCGACGCCACAAACCUCACUUCGGUUGCACUCUCCUAACUCCACUAACUCGAGCAACCCUAUAAGCCCUCAAAAUAAUUUUAAAGGACCACAUCCUAGCGUAAGCACCUGUACAAGUAAUAAUCUUACCAAUAAUGAUAUUAACAGUAAUCGUAUUGAUAGUAACGACAGGCUCUUGAAUGUCACGAAUUCUGUGAACGUCGCCGCUCUUUUAUCCAGUUCCCCCGCUUGUAAAGGGGGAACUGAAAACUCCGGAGGUGACCAACCGAGCACUCACCCUAAAGUUGAGCCCAUGGACCCGGAUUUAAUAAGCCGAACCCCUCCUGUGGCCCACCAAGCUCCCUCUCCACCAAACCCCGCUACGUUGCGGCAGCUCAAGUUUUCAAUCGACAAUAUUCUAAAGCCUGAAUUUGGCUUGAGAAGACACGAAGAAAAUUCAGGGGACUCGUCCGAACCAGUCAACCUAAGCAGGGAGGUCGCCGGUGGCGUUGGGGGAAUAUAUUCAACUGGGGACGUCGGUCGUGGAUCUGUCUCCCCAGCUAGACCACCUCCUCAAAGAGGAUCGGUAACUUCACUCACUAACGAACAAGGAAAGCUAACUUCCGACACGGAACUGUGGCCAGCAUGGGUCUUUUGUACAAGAUACUCCGAUCGACCUUCUGCAGGUCCCCGAACACGGCGCAUCAAGCGACGGGACAAGAAGGAGGAGAAGAGACCGAGGACGGCGUUCACUGCCGACCAGUUGGCCAGGCUCAAGAAGGAGUUCACCGAGAACAGAUACCUGACGGAGAAGCGUCGUCAGGACCUGGCUCGCGACCUCGGCCUCAAUGAGUCCCAGAUCAAAAUUUGGUUCCAGAACAAGCGCGCCAAAAUCAAGAAGCAGACGACGGGCCAUAAGAACCCCCUGGCCCUGCAGCUCAUGGCCCAGGGCCUCUACAACCACAGCACCAUCCCCAUCAGGGAGGAGGACGAGGAACAGCUCCUGCAGCACGCCAUGUGAGGCGUCUUGUGAGGGCAUGCCAUGUGAGGGCCUGUCUUGUGAGGAGCCUGUCACGUGAGGGGCCUGUCUUGUGAGGGGCGCGCCAUGUGAGGGGCCUGUCUUGUGAGGAGCCUGUCACGUGAGGGGCCUGUCUUGUGAGGGGCGCGCCAUGUGAGGGGCCUGUCUUGUGAGGGGCCCGUCUUGUGAGGGGACCGCCACGUGUGGUCCCCGUCAUCUGAGGGGCCCAGGACCUCCUCAGAAAUGACGCGUUGCGUCCAUGUGAGGCCAGCUUAUGUGAGGCCAUCGUGAGUGAAACCUGAGCACGUAAGAUCAUGUGAGCAGCUUUAGGUUGUGAGGCAUAUGAGGCCAAAGAUCGUGAGGCGUUUGUGAGGCCGCUUGAAGAUUUCGCAAGUGAAAUCAUUUAUGCCAAUUUUCAUGUUGUAUUCAAGAUUUACACAACCAGAAUUUUUUUUUUCAAAAUUGCCCACAUUCGGGCUACGAUGCAAAUACCUGAUGAGACCAAAUAAACUGUAAAUUUCGAAGGAAAUCGUAAACUUUUUUAACGUUCCCGCACUUCCCGUAAAGUGUUUAGAAGAUACGAGGGAAUGCGUUGUCCUUUGGCUGCCAAAAGGGUAUCAGUGCGAAAGUGUGUCAUUAUUAGGACAGGAUGACUCAUUAUUUUACUGAGUGUGUCGCGAGGGGACAGCGAUCCGGUGAUCAGGUCUUGGUUUAUAUAAAGUAAAGCUGUAAAAAAGUAAAGUAAAGUAAAUUAUUAGCUUUUUAACAUCAUGAUGGAAUGUUUGAGAACUGCUACAGAAUUCUACGAAAAACAAGUAAUUUUCUCUAACAAUACGAAAUUUAAUCUACCAAAUGGGAAUGAAGUUUUUAAGUAAAUGGUUGCGGUGGCUAUAUAUCUUAAGAGUAGAACACUGAGAUCUCUCAAUUGAUUCCAUGCCUAGGAGCUAUAAUGAUGAAGUUCAAAAAGGCGCAUAUAAACUGUAAACAUUAAUCACAUAUACACGUACAAAGAACGCGUCAUGUGAAACCCACAGUUUAAGAUUAUACAAGUGCACUGACCACUAAGAAACAGAAACUUCGUGUAAACUUGCUACGUAAAUUCAUGGCUUUUUGUUUAGGUUUAUUGGGGGCUUUUAUUUUUUAUCUUAACUGUGUUCACAAAAAGUAUGAUAAAUGAAGAGAUAACUGCUUUAUUUUUCAACAUGGAAUUGCAGGUUUGGUCAAUUCAGGGAGAGAUUGCGUGCAAUCUGACUUUGACCGACGCAUUUUUUGAGCCUGUAUCUCGGUGUAAGUAGGUCUAUAUAAUGUUAAAAAUUUAUCGAUAUAUUGUGUAUAAUUAUGAAAAUGUUUU